GUUCAAGCAUCUCGCCUUCCCGGGACACCUUCUUCAGGGCAUCCGGGCAGUCCGUUCUUCUCAAAUUCUAUUGGCUAAAACCCACGCCUCUCAUCGCACUGGGGGUGGGGCAAGAGGGAAGGGCCCUCCCCGGACGCGAAAAGAUGACGUCACAGAGGAGGGGCUGGGCGCCCUGGGUGGCUCAGGCUCUCCGUUCCCCGCAGGGUGCUGCCGGAAGAGCACUCGGUCGGCGACGCCGUCGCAAUGACCGUUUGUCAAUUCUUCCUUCAAGGCCGGUGCCGCUUUGGAGACCGGUGCUGGAACGAACAUCCUGGUGCCAGGGGUGCGGGCGGAGGACGGCAGCAACCACAGCAGCAGCCCUCAGGUAGUAACAGACGUGGAUGGAAUAACACCAGCCAGAGAUACUCCAAUGUCAUUCAGCCAUCCAGUUUCUCCAAAUCCACACCAUGGGGGGGCAGCAGAGAUCAAGAAAAGCCAUCCUUCAGUUCUUUCAGUUCUGGAGCUUCAACUAACAAGAAUGGGAGCUUUGGAUUGUCUAAGAACCCAUUUGCUUCACUUAGCUCUGAUGAGCAGAAAGAUGAAAAGACACUUCUAGAAGGAAUUGUAAAAGAUAUGGAAGUUUGGGAAUCAUCAGGGCAGUGGAUGUUUUCUGUUUAUUCACCAGUGAAAAAGAAAUCUAGUAUUUCAGGUUUUACAGACAUUUCACCAGAGGAGUUGAGACUUGAAUACCAGAACUUCUUAACCAGCAAUAACUUACAGAGUUAUCUGAAUUCAGUUCAACAGUUAAUAAAUCAAUGGAGGAACAGGGUAAAUGAACUGAAAAGUCUAACUAUAUCAACGAAAGUAGCUUUGCUCCUGGAUGUAAAGGAUGGAGUAAAUCAAGCUGCACCUGCAUUUGGAUUUGGCAGUAAGCAAGAAACAACAUUUGGGUCAUCAGGUUUUCCUGUCACUAGCAGCAGCAGUGAUAAUGCCCAGAAUUUCUGUUUUAAAGCCAGCUCUGGAUUUGCCGCUGCCACCUCUGGAAGCCCUUCUGCCUUCGGGAAUCCUCCCGUGUUUGGAGCUGCCCCCUCUGCCAGUUCUGCCGCCUCUCCUUCUGCUCCAGCGUUUGGAUUUGGGAAGCCUGAAGUCACAUCUGCUGCUUCAUUUUCAUUUAAAAACCCUGCAGCUUCCAGUUUCGGAUCAACGGGAUUUUCAGGAUUUCCACCUUCCUUGGCAGCAGGCCCUGGCGGAGCUCCUGUGGCCCCGGCCUUUGGAAGCAGCAGUGCUGUGGCUGGCUUCGGUAGCCCAGGCUCUCAUUCUCACACUGCUUUUUCGAAGCCAUCCAGUGACACCUUUGGAAACAGCAGCACAUCUACCUCUCUCUCGGCCUCAAACAGCAUCAUCACAACAGAUCGUGUGCUGUUCACAGCCAGGGAUAAACUAACAGAAGAAGAACUGGAACAAUUUCAAGCCAAGAAAUAUACUCUUGGGAAAAUUCCACUAAAGCCACCACCUGUGGAACUUCUAACUAUUUAGAAGGGCAGUUUUAAAUACAAAAAUGAGUGGUUUUUGAA